AUCCCCGCGCGUGUCCGAGCUCAGGGUCCAUGGAGCCCAGACCUCGGCAGGGGCGUUUUUCCCAUGUUCCGCACGCACACAGGAGCGUGGUAUAGACCGCUGCCGCCAAAAUUACGAAAACACCCUCAGCCACCACCCUCGCACACGCGACACGUGUGGAGAGCGAGUGAGAGAAAAGCGAGUGGGAGAUCCCGAAACCCUAAUCGCCCCAAAUUGGUCGCGGAUCCUCUCCCACUCGCCGCCCCUACUCGCGUGUGGAUUUCCCGAUUCGCAGCAGCAGCAGCAGCUGCUCCCGAUCGCACAUGCUCGCUUCUUCUUCUUCUUCAUCUUCACCAUCUUCAUCAUCUUCAUCAUCUUCGUCUUCUUCUUCUCCUUCCUAGAUAUCGGAUGGUGAAUCUGAAGUCCGUUGAUAGUUAUGUAUGAUUGAAUUGUGCUAUUGAUUGAUGAUCAUUUGUGCAAUGGAGCUGACUCACUAAAUAAAGGGUGUAAAGAAGAAAUCUGAACUAAAUUUGCAUGAAAAAGCAGAAUAAAUUGAUAGGGGGAAUUGUUGAAUCAAACAAAAGUAUCCUUGAAAAAGGAUUUACUGGACAUAAAAAUAUACUCUCAUCAUGGAUAUAGAUCUUAGAUUACCUUCUGGUGAACAUGAUAAGGAAGAUGAAGAAACAAAUGGAAUUGAUACUAUGUUGAAUGGUGAAGACAAACUACAUCAUGGAGAUGGAGAGACCGGAACUAUGGUGGACGUUGGAGGUGAGGUACAUGGUGAAGAUGGAGGGGACAUGAAUUCUCUCAAUGCAGAUCUUGUAGUGUUUAAAGAGGAUACGAAUCUUGAGCCACUUUCUGGUAUGGAAUUUGAAUCACAUGGUGAGGCCUAUUCUUUUUAUCAAGAAUAUGCUAGGUCUAUGGGAUUCAGCACUGCAAUACAAAAUAGCCGUCGUUCAAAGACAUCAAGGGAAUUUAUUGAUGCAAAAUUUGCAUGUUCUAGAUAUGGGACCAAGCGAGAGUAUGACAAAUCUUAUAAUCGACCACGUGCCAGACAAAACAAGCAAGACCCAGAAAAUGCAACAGGUCGACGAUCAUGUGCAAAGACAGACUGCAAAGCAAGCAUGCAUGUUAAGAGGAGAUCAGAUGGAAAAUGGGUUAUACACAGUUUUGUGAAGGAGCAUAACCAUGAACUCUUACCAGCUCAAGCAGUCAGUGAACAAACGAGAAAGAUGUAUGCGGCGAUGGCUAGACAAUUCGCUGAAUAUAAGAGUGUGGUUGGUCUCAAGAAUGACUCCAAAAGUCCAUUUGAUAAGAGUCGGAAUCUGGCACUAGAACCAGGAGAUGCAAAAGUUUUGCUCGAAUUUUUUACACAGAUGCAGCAUGUAAAUUCCAACUUCUUUUAUGCAAUAGAUCUGGCUGAAGAUCAACGUCUGAAAAAUCUGUUCUGGGUUGAUGCCAAAAGCAGGCAUGAUUAUAUCAAUUUCUCUGAUGUCGUUUCUUUUGACACUACCUAUAUUAGGAAUAAGUAUAAAAUGCCUCUUGCUCUUUUUAUUGGAGUGAAUCAACAUUAUCAAUUUGUGUUGCUUGGAUGUGCGUUAAUAUCAGAUGAGAGCGCAGCAACAUUUUCUUGGUUAAUGCAGACAUGGCUGAAGGCAAUGGGUGGACAAUCUCCCAAAGUAAUGAUUACUGACCAAGACAAAGGCAUGAAAUCAGCUAUUUUGGAGGUUUUUCCAAAUGCUUAUCAUGCCUUUUUCUUGUGGCACAUUUUGGGGAAGGUUUCUGAAAGUCUUGGGCAGGUUAUUAAACAGCAUGAAAAUUUUAUGGCAAAAUUUGAAAAAUGCAUUUACAGGUCAUGGACAGAGGAAGAGUUUGAAAACAGAUGGUGUAAAAUUCUUGAUAGAUUUGAACUCAAAGAGGAUGAAUGGAUGCAGUCGUUGUAUGAAGAUCGUAAACAAUGGGUGCCAACCUUCAUGAAGGAUACCUUUUUAGCUGGAAUGUCUACAGUUCAGCGAUCUGAAAGUGUUAAUGCUUUCUUUGACAAAUACGUGCAUAAGAAAACUACAGUGCAAGAGUUUGUGAAACUCUAUGAAGCAAUUCUACAAGAUAGAUAUGAGGACGAAGCCAAAGCAGAUUCUGAUACUUGGAACAAACAACCUGCUUUAAAAUCUCCAUCGCCUUUGGAGAAGCAUAUGUCAAGGUUGUACACACAUGCAGUAUUUAAGAAAUUCCAAGGUGAGGUUUUGGGUGCGGUUGCUUGUCAUCCUAAAAGAGAAAGACAAGACGACACAACCAUAACUUUCAGAGUUCAAGAUUUUGAGAAGAAUCAAGACUUCAUUGUAACGUGGAAUGAUAUGAAGUCGGAAGUUUCUUGUAUAUGCCGGUUAUUUGAAUAUAAAGGUUUUCUUUGUAGACAUGCAAUGAUAGUUCUCCAAAUUUGUGGCCUUUCAGACAUUCCAUCUCAAUAUAUCCUGAAACGUUGGACGAAAGAUGCAAAGAGCAGGCACUUACUGGGAGAAGAAUCUGAACAGGUGCAAUCUAGGUCACAGCGAUACAAUGACUUGUGUCAACGAGCUAUGAAAUUGGGUGAAGAGGGAUCAUUAUCCCAAGAGAGUUAUGAUAUUGCAUUCCGUGUGCUAGAAGAAGCUUUUGUAAAUUGUGUUAAUGUGAAUAACUCUAGUAAGAGUCUUAUAGAAGCUGGCACAUCAGGCGCUCAUGGGCUCCUCUGCAUUGAAGAUGAUAACCAAAGUAGAAAUAUGAGCAAGACAAAUAAGAAAAAGAAUCCAACCAAGAAAAGAAAGGUACCCACUGAGCCAGAAGUUUUGGCUGUUGCAGCAUCAGACAGCUUGCAACAAAUGGACAAAUUAAAUUCUAGAGCAGUAACCCUUGACAGCUACUAUGGUGCGCAACAGAGUGUCCAAGGAAUGGUACAACUUAACUUAAUGGCACCUACUCGUGACAAUUACUAUGGGAAUCAGCAGACAAUGCAGGGCCUGGGGCAACUAAACUCAAUAGCACCAAGUCAUGAUGGUUAUUAUGGUGCUCAGCAAAGCAUUCAUGGACUGGGGCAGAUGGAUUUUUUCCGAACACCAACUAGUUUUGCUUAUGCCAUUCGGGAUGAGCCUAAUGUGAGAUCCGCGCAGUUGCACGAUGAUGCACCAAGACAUGCAUGAGGAGCCUAUCUCUCGUUACAAAAGCAAGGCAUUACAAAAGGAAAAUUGUGCUGGGGCUGGAAAUCUCUGUAAAAAAUGAAAUGUACCAUGCAUUGUGAAUGGAGGAUUACCGAAGAAGAGAACCUUCUUCUCGGUGUCUGUAAAAUAAGCAAAGGUAGAUGAGGUAGUUCUGUUAUUACCCUACAUCUGAUAGCAAUACCCAUUAAGCGUUGGAACAAAUCCUGAGUUAGGGUUUAUUUCUCUUGUAAAGUUUGUUGUAUUGUUAUAUCAUAUUUGUGACUGCUUCUAGCCCAAAUAGUACUUAGUUUGAAUUUCUAGAACUUAAUUUCAUCACUCCUUUGAAUCAUUCUGCUGUUAUCAGAAAAUUCCUUACAAGUGAAAUAGAUAGGGUUUAUUGUGUUGUAUUAA